CCUACAAGAGAAACACUUCCACAGGCCUACUCCUGAAACUAUUCCAACUUUCCAGCAUCUAGUGUUCACUAAAGGAUGGCAGAAUUGAAGCCUCUGAGCAAAGCCUAGCUAUGUUAGCUGCCAGCAGAUUACUUUCCUCUCAUCUUGCUUGAAAAUUUAAGAUAACUGUCCUUUAUGAUUAAAGCCUUACCAUUGCUGGCUCACAACCUCAAUAAACUGCACUGACACACAUAAGGGUCUAAAAUGCAAAUACAAAAAAAAAAAAAAACAAGUAGCAAAAAACACUACUGACAGUUUAAUGUUCAUAGGUAUUAUUUCAAUUGGUCACUGAAGAAGAGUAUUUAUCUUCAUUCAGCACUAAGGACAAAAUACAUGGACUUUUACAAUCUUUAUAAGGGGAAAGGUUGCUUAGUAGACUUCAGGUUUAAUGGUGAAGACUAGAAAAUAAUCAUACCUAGGAGGCUAGUAAGUAACAACCCUCAAAGCUUAUCACUAAAGGUCAAGUACCUGUUGAAAUCCUGCCCCCACCCAAUGACUCUUCCCACUGUGCCUACUGCCUCUGAUUUUAACCCAUUAAAAGAAUAAAGCUGGAGAGAGCGAGAGUACGAAGCGCGGCAACCCGAGUCAUGGCAGGACAGGCAUUUAGAAAGUUUCUUCCCCUCUUUGACCGAGUAUUAGUUGAAAGAAGUGCACCCGAAGUUGUAACCAAAGGAGGCAUUAUGCUUCCAGAAAAAUCGCAAGGAAAAGUAUUGCAAGCAAUGGUAGUAGCUGUUGGAUCAGGCUCUAAAGGAAAGGCUGGAGAGAUUCAACCAGUUAGUGUGAAAGUUGGAGAUCAAGUUCUUCUCCCAGAAUACGGAGGCACCAAAGUAGUUCUAGAUGACAAGGAUUAUUUCCUAUUUAGAGAUGGUGACAUUCUUGGAAAAUAUGUCGACUAAAAUAAGUCACUAUUGAAAUGGCAUCACGUGAAGCUGCCCGUUCCCCCAAUGGCAUCACGUGAAGCUGCCACUGAAGUUCUGAAAUCUUUCAUCCUGUAAAUAAUUUCCGUGUUUUUUUAAUAAUAAAGUAAUGAUAU